CACUGUCCGAGCACAGACAUCAGCUGCCUCUAGCACCAUGAGGGCCGGCGACUCCACGGUCGCCGUGGACUCUGUCUGGGCCAAGUGCGUCGGGUUCACCUGCUGCCUGGUUGAGCCCACGCGGAGUGGAGGGAGCAGCAGCCCGAGCGUUGGAGAAGCCGGAACCUCGGUGAGGAUCGAGGAGAAAAGUGAGUUGUGAGAUGGCCUCCAACCCAAGAGCGAUGGUCACCUAAUAGCGAGAAGAUGAAGAAGGGCAGGCAAGGGCAGGGAAGGGCAAUGGUUGAUAGGGAAGGGUUAGUUUGUAGAAGUUGCUAGCGACUGCUAGUGAAGUGGGGUCCAACCCAGGAAGUUCAGUUAGAUAUACGCGCUCAGAUUUGUUUCGUUCCCACCAGUGAUUCUCAGAUUGAAGGUCCCUGUCACUCCCUCUCAUUCAUGGUAAGAUUGUGGAAUUUGCAUAGACCCACUGUAGUUGCGCUCCCUUUGGUCGUUGGCCGAAGUCUUCUGAAGUCAAAUCCCACCCCCAGUCAUCCCCAUGUUUUUUUCAGCUCUGCACGGAGUGAAGAGGCAAGGAAUUCUCGCUUUUCAUGUUUUUCACCUGCCAAGCACGGCUGCUUGGGGGCUCUUCAGAACAUGUGCCCUAGACCCUAGAUAUCGAGAGGUACGUGGAAAGAUCAGAUGGAUGGCCUCUCUUCUGGUGGUGCACCGCCGUGGUCUUGCUGGUGAAUGUGAGUUUGGGGAUGGUGGACAUCGAUGUGUCGGUGUCCUCCUACGUGGUGAGGCGCUAUCAGUCUCACAGCGCCCAGGAGGGCCAGUGGCCGAUCUGCGUCCAGCGGCUUUUCAAGCCUUUGCACUUGGCCUUCCGCAUCACUGAGGUCUGGAUGCGACUGCUGGUGCUCGCAGGGCUCAUGCAGAUUCGCUACGAGCUCUUCAACCGGGACGACGUGGUUCUCUCCCUCACGGUGGUGAUCGACUAUGCCAUCGGGGUGAACCUUCUCUUCCGGAAUGCACCGGAGCAGGAAGGAGCACUGGUGCACAUCUUCGCUGGCAUCGGCUUGUUGACGUCUGAUUGCACCCACUUCAUCGACUUGCCCAACUUCGCUUUGGCCGCGCGGCGCAUCAGCCGCCGGUUGGCAUGGCUGCGGUUUGCCCAAGUCUUGCUGCUCUUGGGCCUCUACCAUUGGGUCUUCUGGAACAAGUCGGACGUGCCCUUUGGCGCCGCCUUGCAUUCGAUCCGGUGGAUUUAUGUCACCUCCAUCGUCUACUACUUGAUGAGGUACUCCUUGCCCAUCCGCAGGGUGGGGAGCGACUUGCACACUGCAUCCUUGGAUGGGAACCUGGAUUUGGUCAAGGCGCUUCUGAAGCCUGACCAGAAUGGACAGGUGCUGGACAUCAACGCUGCAUCCAAAGAUGGGCAGAGCAUGACGCCCUUAAUGCUGGCGGCCCAAUGUGGACAUGUCGAUGUCAUGGAGGAGCUUUUGCGGAACGGUGCCAAGGUGGGCGCAAGAACGCAGCUGAGGGAAGAUACGGCGCUGCACUUCGCGGCCAGCUCGCGCAAGGUGGAGGCCUGUCAGAUGCUGAUCCGCCAUGCGGCGGACAUCGACGUGCGCAAUCGCAAGGGGCAGAAGCCGCUGCAGGUCGCCAUGUCCUUGUCGUUGAUGCGGAGGAACGAGCUCAUCCAGCUGUUGACCUCGGGGCUUCCCGCAGGCGAUGAAGGGAGCUUUGCCGCCAGCAACACAUCGGUCAGUGGCAAGAAGCGAGCGACGUAUUACUCGGUGAAGGCUAAGCCGGUGGCCGGUUUGCAACUUAAGAGCCUCUUUCCCAACUUGGAGGAGGAUGACACACCCUCGCCCCGGGUCUUGCAGUCCGUGAGCUCGUUGGUCGUCUCCAAGGCGGCUGGGCCACUGGGCCGACGUGCCUUGAUGCACGAAGAGAACAGCGGCUCCGUCCCCCUGGGCGCCCUCCGCCGCGUGCGGGAGCUGGGCCGUGGCGGCUUCGGGCGAGUCAUCGAGGUGGAGCUCCCCAGGGACGCCGCCAGCAGCAUUUGGCGCCGGCCACGCUCGGCACAGAGGUUUGCCUUGAAGCUACAGCUGAAGCAGGAUCACCGACAAGCCUCCUCGGAGGUCUUGGCCUUGCAACGUGCAGAGCAUCCUUUUAUCGUCCACCUGCAUCGAGCGUUCGCCUUCGACAAGUACUUGGCGCUUCUCUUAGAGCUUUGCCCCACUGAUUUGAAUCGCCUGCUUUGUGAGGAGCCUGGCGAAGAGGGAAGAUACCUGGGCCUGGCACCAGACCGAGUGGCCUUAUACUUGGGCCAGGUGAUGUUGGCUUUGGCCUACUUGCACGAGAGUGACAUCGUGUAUCGCGACGUGAAGCCCGAGAACAUCCUCAUCAAUACCAGAAAUGAGGCGAAGCUCACGGAUUUCGGACUGGCUAAGGUGGUGACGUCUGCAGAGAGGAUGACCAUGUGUGGCACCAUGGGUUUCCUUUCACCCGAGCUCACGGGCGGAGGCGCCAUGACCGGGCCGACGGGCGACUCGGAGGAGGAGGAGGACGGAGAUCCCACACCGGAGUUCAAUCCGUUCAAGACGGAUGCGUACUCCUUUGGGGUGACGCUUCAAGUGUCUCUACUUGGAGAGGACGGAGCUCGACGCAAGACGGUGAAGCGGAAGGGGCCAAUGAUGCUGCCGCUCCACCUCAGCGAGCAAGAGAACGCCGACAUGCUGGCACAGCUGAAGUUGUCCCAGCGGCUCUCAGAGGAGGCCUUCCACCUGCUGGUGGAGAAGUUGCUGCCCUUCUCCCAAGCAAGGCGCUUUGAGCUAAAAAGCCCCGAGGUGAAGAACCAUCCCUUCUUUCAAAAGGAGCUCAAUUGCACCAAUGUCGAAGAGUUCCUCUUGAGCAACUCUGGAGCUCACAAUUAUUCCAGUGUUGUCAUGUCGCCUUCCGUGAUGGGUUGGUCACCUUAGCGCCAUCCGCUGGACUUGUUAUUGAUGGAUGCAUGAGUAUCUGCGGGCGCGGGCGAAGACCAUGGAAGAGAGGAC